AUGUCGUUCCAUCAACUUCCCCCGGAAAUUCUGCUCCAUAUCCUCCGCUCGCUAGGCUCAGCGUUCUUCCGCCAGGACCUUCGUCGUCUCCUCGUCUCCAAGUGGUGGUACGAACUUGCUAGGGUGGUGCUCCUCCAAGACAUACACUUAUCCGCAGGAUCGCUUCAGAGAUUGGCCCUCGCAACGAACAGAGAGAGCGUGAUUCACUCAAUACAAGAUCAAGUGAUAACUGUCAACCUUGGUUUGGACGGCUUCGAAAACUGGCAUUCUCUAAAAUUGACGCCAACUACAGAAACGUCCAGGGUCGAUUUCACCGUCCUUAGUUUGUGGACCUCCGAACUGAACAGUUGGCUAGCUACUCUUGCCAACAUACUUCAAAAUUGUACAAAACUUCAGAUUCUCAGACUUGAAGCACGACCGGAACGCCAUGACCCCCGGUUGGGCCUACAACGACGGGAUUAUCUGAUGGCGUCACCUCUGGCCAGCCUCCUCUCCAUCAAGUACCUGACUUGCCUGGAGAUUGACGCAGCUGGCACAAAUCUCAUAAGUGAAAACAAUGCCCCCAGCAUGCACAUUUGCGGUUACAUCAAUGAUAUGCUUCCGACUCUUCGGCGACUACGUUGCCGGAUGAGUAGUAUUUGUCCUCAAAUCUUAGAGGCGGCAGGAAAGGGUCCGCUGCGUCGUCUGCAAGACGUUGUUAUCAACCUCAGUCUAUCAGAACUCUCCGUCUCAGAUACCUCGUAUCGUUACCCAAGCCGCUGUGUGGCUAGUCCUGGGGACAGUUUCCCUCAAUUGAAGGCAGACAUGGAACUGCACGCAGGAGAGUUGGUGCAUGUAAUGAACAGCCCACGGAUUGUCAGAAUUGUCUCACAUACGUUUCCUGGUCUGAAAAUGCAUUCGUUUGAUGCUAUAACGGGACGCCAAAUGCUGCUUGAGUCCCCCGCGCCAUGGGAUGCAGAUGGUGAAGAAGUGGAGAUAACUACAGGUGAUAAUGAUGAUGAUGAUCAUGUCUUUAACUCUGAUACAUCGUCUGAAGAGUUCGUGAUAUAG